AUGCCCGUCUUGUCAAAUUCUAGGGCUAGUUCGUAUAGAAAGGCUUUUGGGCCGACGAGGGGGCAGUUUGGGAGUACGCAGAGUAUCAACAAGAUUCCCAAUGAAGGUGCAGAGAAGACGGACUUUUAUACUUCCGAUGAUAUUCAAGCCAUGUACGCCGCAGCGCAGAAUAAAUUUGGAUCCCCAAACGAGCGACUUGGAUCACUGAACUCUCGAUUCGCGAGCUACAUUGAAAAAGUCCGAUUCUUGGAAGAGCAGAAUAGAAUUCUAGAGCUGAAAAUCAAAGCUGCUCAGAAACGGAAGUCUGAAAUUGAAAAUCACCAUGAUACGGCGAGGGAGAUCGAUGCCUUGAGAAUCGCAAUUGAUCAAGAAACGAUGGAGAAGGUCAAGAUGCAGGUUGAGAGGGAUAAUUUGAAGGGAGAUGCUGUUGAACUUAGUCAUAAAAUUGAGGACGAACAUACUUUACGAAAUGAUCUUACAGAUGAGCUUCAAAAGAUGAGAAAAGAUGUUGAUGACGCAACGAUGGUUCGGGUUGAUCUUGAACGCAAAAUCGAAACUGUUCAAGAAGAACUUGACUACACCCGCCGAGUCCGAGCUGAAGAGAUAGAGGAUCUCAAGAAUCAAAUCUCUGAGCAAGGAAUUUCCGUGGAAGUUGACGGUGUCACACCAGAUAUGACGCUUAUUCUUGCCGAGAUUCGAAAAGAAUACGACGUCAUUGCUGCGAAAAACAGAGAUGAAGCAGAAGAAUGGUACAAGAGAAAAUGCUCGGAUUUGGAGGAAAAAUCAAGAUCGAAUCAGGAAGAACUCGAGAAGGUCAACGCCGAAAUCGCGGAGUACAGAAAGCAAGUCACGCGGCUGGAAAUGGAGCUUGAGAGUCUCAGAGGAACAAACGAAUACCUCGAGCGAAAUCUUCAGGACAUGGAAAAACGCUCAGAAGUCGAGGUCCAAUCUUAUCAAGCGCGAGUUUCAAAGCUUCAAGCUGAGCUGGAUCGUGCUGUUAGUGACAUGAAGCGACAUUUGACGGAGUACAAGAACCUUAUGAGCGUGAAACUUUCGCUGGAGAAGGAAAUCGAUACAUACAGAAGCCUUUUGGAGGGCGAAGAAGGGCGGAUUUCAACAAAUGGUUCUUCAGAUUCUGACCGAGACGAUUCAAGCGAAGAUGAGCGCCCACCGGUCCAAAUCAUCAAAACCCCCUCCAAGCCAAUUUCCGCCCCAGCGAUUCCUCCCCGAAUCCCCGAUCGACCAAAACCAACUCAUACAGCGACAAAAGUCGUUGCCAUCAAAGCUCCAGCGAUUCCAAAGCGAGUGGAGCCCUCGAUUAUCAUCAAGAAAACUGCGCCACCAAGUGACUCAAGCUCUUCUGACGACUCUUCUGACUCUUCUUCUGACGAUUCUGAUGACUCAUCGGAAGAUUCUUCUGAUGAUUCUGUUUCUGAGUGA